GUGAAUAACCUCGCGUCCCUUCUACAAACCUACCUCUGCGACUGCAUCCCAUAUCUCUCGUGCUCUCUUGGCGGCGACAAUAUGUCGAAAAAGACAAAACACCCAUGUGGAGCGAAGGACUUGGGUAUAUAUACCUUCGUGCCUUCUAUCCAGCUCAUAGACCCACCCGCACAUGCAUGGCGUGGAGGAUCAUCUUAUUACCAAUUGGCUGUAUUCUGCCGCAUCUCACACCACCUACCUACCUCAGAGAGCAGACAUGACAUAACAAAAGGGGCGCAGAAUACCGGUGUUUCCUUAUCGUGCUGAGUUAAGGGUACAGGUACCUUAAAAAAUAGGGGAUUCGAGGGAAUGAAUGUGAAGCGGGGCGAUCUUCAUACAAACAGCCCGCCUUGAAGUUUUUCACGAGAUCCUAAGGGAGGACGGCGACGCCCUCUGAAGCCGCUGCUGGGCUCCUACGCACCCGUUCUCAGAAGGGAUCUGGUCGAGGUAGGGAAGCACAUAACGGGAGGAGAAACGUUACCUCAAGCGGAAGAGCACUACGAUUCCCCGAUGCACUCUCAACGUCGUGCCCGCCCGCUGCGAGGAGAGCAGGCCUGCACUUGGUUUUGGGUGUAGAUCG